CCCGAUUGGGUUAUUGACCAGAAGGAAGGAAGAAUUGGGGAGAGCCGGUUCCCGCAGCGAACCCUGCCAAAGCGAAUUGAAUGUUGAUGCUGUUGCUGUUCUAUUUCCUCUCAGUUCAUCGUUCUAUUCGCCUUCGGCUCUGCAAAUUCUUCCGUUCAACCAUUUCUUGAGCUAUAGGGAGAGAAAAACUGCGUAUUUACUUUGAGAAAGAGGAAGCGCGGGCAGCGAUGAUAACGAGAUCGAAUCUGGCAGAGCAGUUGAGAGAGUAUCAGAUUCGAUCCAAACAUGAUUGGGCGUCUGUCUCCUUCUUCUCCUCCACUUCUAAUUUCACGUCUUCAAGGGUGGAUGUUGUGGUCUUCGUUAUAUGGGAGCUUCUUAUACUAGCAUUCCUUGUUUUUUCGGCAGUCUCUUUAUAUUUCAGGCAUUUGCAACUUGCUUUUAUCUUAGUCUGCGUCACAAUGCUAUUACUUCUAUGCAUGAAAAUAACAAAGCAGGUGAGAUUGGCUAGGAAAAAGAAGCGACGGAUGCUUCUUCCUCUAUCCAUGUGACAACGUGUGAACCUGCAAUUCUGAAGUGAACCCUCUUUGUCUUGGCGACUGUGAGAACUAUUGGCGAUUGCAUUUGGCUCUUCCUCAGUUUGGUUAAUUGGAAUAUGUAAUUGCACAUCAAGAAAGUUGAUUAAAGAAUAUGGUUGAUGUGAUCACGAUACUUAAUUGAUUGCUGAUCGUAGGUAGUGGCAUGUAAAUGUUGUCGCUUGUCAUCGAAGAUGGGAGAUGGGAUGUUUGACUGAGCAAGGUGCAGUUAGUUUAAGGCAUGGUUUCUUUUUGGUAUCUGCUUAGUUCCGCGUUACUCAAAGAAUUGCAAAUGUAGAGGCAAACAUUUGUUUUAUAAUGUAAUAUGACUGAGACACGACUGUAGUUUAUAGAAAUGAAAGGAAAGUAAAGGUGGCCGCCAAUGAUUAGAGCUUC